AUGUCUACCGCGGCGACCCCGUCGCCAACAACUCCCUCCCACUCCACCACCACAGGCCGCAAUUUGGACGCCGCCAUAGAGACGGCGGACGUUCCAGAAGCAUUCCCCGUCUUCGAAGAAGACUCUCUUGAGGGUUCGCCCUCUUCACCGCCUUGUCCCUCCCCCUCCCCCUCCAUCCGCCGCCGUUCUCGCCAAGUCAACGAGAACGACCGCCGCGCCUUCUUUGGCUUGCCCAAGCCGAAGGUAUUUAACUACGUCGACCUCGUCAAGGCCCUGCGAACUCCCCCUGCCCCCGGCUAUCUGCCAAAAGCCCCAACCAGCCAAUCCAAGCCAGCUCACCUCUCUCACACCGGCGCCAUGGGCGCAAUUAAAGUCCCAGUCCCAGGGCCAGCACGCCUCAAGCGAUCAGCAGGACCCGACGAGUGGCUCGAAGCAGCAAAAAACUGCAAGUACCUCUCAGAAUACCACAUGAAGCAGCUCUGCGAGAUUGUCAAAGAGUUCAUGAUGGAAGAAUCAAAUAUCCAACCCGUUUCUACGCCUGUCACGAUCUGCGGCGAUAUCCAUGGUCAAUUCUAUGACUUACUCGAACUUUUCCGAGUCGCAGGGGGCAUGCCUAAUGAAUCGGCGCCCGAAACACCCGUUACGCCCGCAAAUAUCAUCACUUCCGCAGACAUUGAACCGCCUUCUACCAUCACAGACCCGAAACUCAAGAAGAAACUGAAACUGGGAGGAUCCGAACACCCUGAUACGCCAAGCGAGAAGAGCAGUGAGAUUAGCGACGCUGAAGAGAUACCCUCAUCACAACAAUCCGAGAUUGAGGACGAGAGAUCAGAAUCAGGUAACAUCAUCUCACGCAAACAAAACGCCAAUUUCAUCUUUCUUGGAGACUACGUUGAUCGUGGAUACUUCUCCCUUGAAACACUCACACUUCUACUUUGCCUCAAAGCGAAAUACCCCGAUAAAAUCACCCUGGUCAGAGGAAAUCACGAAUCUCGCCAGAUCACCCAAGUGUACGGCUUCUAUGAGGAGUGUGUACAGAAAUAUGGAAACACUUCAGUAUGGAAAGCCUGUUGCCAAGUCUUCGAUUUCAUGACGCUGGGAGCCAUAGUAGAUGGCAAAGUUCUGUGUGUACACGGUGGCCUCUCCCCAGAAAUCAGAACCCUCGAUCAAGUCCGAGUUGUCGCACGAGCACAGGAAAUUCCGCACGAAGGCGCGUUCUGUGACCUUGUAUGGUCAGACCCCGAAGAUGUUGAAACAUGGGCAGUAUCACCUCGAGGAGCCGGAUGGCUGUUUGGCGAUCGAGUUAGCCAGGAAUUCUGCCACGUCAACGGACUCAACCUCAUUGCAAGAGCACAUCAACUCGUCAACGAAGGCUACAAAUAUCACUUCAAGAGUCAGGACGUGGUGACAGUAUGGAGCGCCCCAAAUUACUGCUACAGAUGUGGAAACCUGGCAUCGGUAUGCGACAUUGGCGAAGACAUGAAGCCAACCUUUAAGCUUUUUAGCGCUGUCAAGGAUGAGCUACGACACGUUCCACCAUCAAGAGGUGGACGAAAUGAAUAUUUCCUUUGA